AACAAAAAAAGGCCUGAAGCGCGGGAGAGAAAGAAAGAAUUUUAAAAAAUGUGUUUUUGGUGGUGGGAGGGUUUCGGUUUGGAUUUGGUUUAAGGGCGGAGUUGUGCGCACCAGCCGUCCGACCGCCACCGUCGCGCCCGGGCCCUUUCUCUCUCUCUCUCUCUCUCUCUCUCUCUUUUUUUAAAACAAGCAGAGCUGAGAAGGCAGUUCUAGUGUGUGCAACUAUAAGCAGAGCUUAAAAAGCACAGCGCGCGGCGCAUAAGAAAUAUAGUCAAAGGCUCUGAUGACCGGCCCGGCCAUACAGCGUUAGACUGUCGAGACGAACGCAGUCGGAAGAACACGGAAGAGCCGGAGGUGGAAAGACAUUUUUUUUUUUUUUUUGCGGGCCGGGGGAAAAUUAUUCGUUUUUGUAGAGAAACACACACGCAACACACGCACACACAGAGAGAGACAGAGAGAGAGAGAGUGAGAAAUAUAUUAUUAUUUGUUUCUCUUCUCUGUUCGACUCGUUUGAUUUCGUUUGGAAAGAAAACAAACAACAAAAAAAAGAAAAACGAAAAGGAAAAGGAAAGAAAAGGAGGUGGAAAGGGUUUCCUCAGUUCGUUCUGUUCGCAUCGUUCAGUGAGUUUCAAUUCAACGACAACAAUUGAUUAUUUCGUUGAACAUUUCCUUGUCGUAUUGAAUGAAACGAGUUUGAUUGUUUCUAUCGUGUGUCGUCGCCAGCACCUUCCUAGUCCGCUAUGGAAUAAAACGAAACGAAACCAAAACCCAACAAUUUUGAAUUCACGAAUUUAAAGUGGUCCGGAAGUUUUGAAAAAAACAAACACAAAAACUCUGAAGAAUUAGUGCGAUUGGUUCUCAUCAUUUCAAUUUUUUUCGUUGUUGUUUUUGAAAUCAUCUCCAGUCCCAGUUUUUGUUGGUUUUUCUGUUUCGAAAUUGAAGAUGUCAAGACGGAUUCUUUGAAAACAAAAAACAAAAAAAAACAAAAAAUUCGAAUCAAAUUUGAAGUCAAUGUAAACCCCCCCGUCUCGUCAGUUUCAAAAAGGAAAAUAUUUGACCGACAAAACUGGAUUGGUUCGUUAUCAAAGAAAACACGCGGAACUUGCUUUGGUGUGCAGACUUGAUACAAAAAAACUGAAUUUGAACUCGUGUAAUUGUGCGUUCCGUGUCAAUUCUCGGUGGGUGUGUUUUUUUUUGUUUUGUUUGGUGCUGUGUGAAAAUUCUCGUUGUGUCGUUAUUAUCUCCCCCCCUUCUCUCUCGUUUUUUUUUUGUUUCAUUUUUUUAAUUGUCUAUUUUUAAUUACGUGAAAAGAAAAGAAAAAAAAAAGAAGUAGAGUGUAGUGUUUGAAGAAAAAAAAAAGAAGGAAAAAGAAAAAAAAAGAAAGAAAAAAAAGAAAAAGGAGUUGGAGCAAAAAAGGGGAGGGUGUUGCGCAACAGCCGCGGCCCGAUCGGUUAGUGAGACGAUGUAAUCGUCUGGACGAGGAUGUCACUGACGACGACGGACCAAAGAGUCAGUUGCCCGUCUCGUUCAUCGGCUCCAGUUGUUCAUCGGCCAGCAGUGGUGAAGACGACCUCGCCGGGCUUAUGGCCUGCCAGCCGUCCGUCUUCGUGUUAUGGCCGCCUGUGCGCCCGUUGUGUGCCGACCUGCGGCAGCAGUGUCUCUCGUCUCGGCCGUGAUGGCAUCCGUGAUGGCAUCCGUGACUGCCCUAAUUGCCGACAAGAAAAGUGGUCAGUGUGUUCGCCGACUCGUGCAUGCCCGUCGACCGCACAGGCCGGCCGGCCCAUCCGACGACGACGGCCAUCUCUUAAACAAGAGCAACAAGAGCAAGAGCAACGACAGUAUGAAUAAUCGGAUCGAUUCGGUGAUUGUGAGUGACACGGGACCUCCUUUCGCUCCCGCUCCCGCCCCUCCCACCGCGUCUGCCAGCCGCUGGACUGAAGAGGUGAGUGCUCGUUCGAAUGCAUCAUCUUUGCGCGGCUGGACGAAGAAGAUGACGGCCGAUGGAGGCCACCAGUUUUGCGGUCGGCGUCCCGACCGACACAACGUCCGCGGUCACAGCCAACGGCAGCGGCCGCACGGCUGGCUGCUGCCCGUCCUCGUCCUUUCGAUCGUCUUGUCGGCCCUGCCAAACAGUUGCUCGUCGGCCGCGUCCAUCCAUCACCACCACCAACAACAGCAGCAGAAGCAGCAACAACAGCAGCAACAACAAGAGCAGAGCGUCGCUGUGCCCGGUGCUCGCAGUCGGCUCUCAUCGGGACGCCAACGUCCGCCGACGAUAUCGCGGACUGCAAUGUCGUCGUCCAACGUCCUCUCGCAAUGCCCGUGGAUGCAAUGGGAACCUCAGCCGGCCGUUGGCCACGUCAGUCCAGCGGCGGCUGCAGCUUACGAGGCGGACGUGGCCGGCACGAGGGCCUACAUGGCGCCCGUAGUGUUCGAAGGCAAAGCGCGUUCGAGGAGUGACGGUCCCGUUUAUCGCGUCACGUUCGACGUCGUCACAGUGUACAAAGGUGAAGUGGCCCUGGCCGGCUCUCAAGUGCGCUUAGAAUUCAAAAGCGGCGCCACGCCGGCGCACCGAUCGGCCGUUGGCGGCCCUUCGAAACAUUUGCGCUCGCUCAGCCGCAAUUCGGCCACGACCCGUUCGCGGACCUUGUCGGCCGCACGUCGCGCCAGUGACGUCGCCAGUGGUGCUAGUGGUCAGCGUCGACGUCAACAGGCUGGCCAGCAUCAUCGCCGACAUCAGCACCACAGCGCGCGCCAGUGUCUAGUGACGGCCGAGAUUCGGACGGGCCGUCGCUACCUGGUCUUCGCCGCUCAUUGGGGACCCAACAAUUUCACGGCCUUCGGAUCGCCGUUGGUGCACACCAAGAAGAGUCUCAAAGACGUGCGCUCGACGCUCUGCCCGCGCUGCGCACGGUCUCCAGUAGCGUACGGACUGGAAGAAUCGGUGACGGUGAAGAAACAGCAAAGACUCGUGCUACGUUGCCGGACAAGAGGUAAUCCAGUGCCGGCCGUCGUCUGGUACAAAGACGGCAAACCGUUGAACGCGGCAAGUAAACGCGUCCGCAUUAAAACGAAAAGACGUCGAUCGACGCUGAGGAUCCGUUGCGUCAAGGAGGAAGACGCUGGAUUGUACGAGUGUCGUCCAAAUAACGUGAUUGGCUCCGGUACGGCUUCACGAUCCAAAGUCACAGUCGUCAAAGUCACUGCCAGCCCGUCGUCUGAUUUGACAUCGAAACUGACGGGCACCAACCUGAGGCCAGCCAACGGAUCGUCGUCCCUUUGGCCGCUGAUCGCAUUGCCCUGCCCGAUCGACUCGUUUUGCCUCAACGGCGGCACGUGCAAAUAUUACGAAGCUGUCGGCGAACUCGUCUGCCAGUGUGCCGAGGGCUACAAGGGCCAGCGCUGCGAAAACAAGGACAUUUACAAUUUAGGAAAGGGUGGCAAGUGCAGAGGAGCAGGAGGCAGAAUGAUGGGAACGAAAUGCGUGCCGACAUACAAUGGCGGCGCCGGAAUAGCGGCAGGCGGAACGUCGGGCUCGUUAUUGGGUCCAACAGCAGCGGCCGGCUGGGCAGCAGUGCCCAAUUCAAACAAUCAACUCACCUGGUGGCACUGGAUUCAAGCAUCGGGCAAAAUCGCCGGAAUCGACGAUGAAGACGAUCAAAAUUGCGGAGCAGAUGACGACGACGAUUAAACAAAACAAUAUGAAUGUCUUCUUCCUAUUUACUCGUUUUGAUUGUUCAUUUUUUAACUCUCUCACUGGAACGGAAAAACAAACAAACAAACAAAUGUUUUAUAUUCUCCAUCUUGAAGAACACAGCUGAUUCCAUCGUCGCGUUCGGGAUCAAUCAACGGUAUUUUGGAUGCCAGUCCGCAGAAGCGCUGCAAAUUUUAGGAUGUCUUUGUUGUUUUUUUAGAUGUUUCAUUUCUUUGAAUCAGGCAAUGCUGGAACGAAUUUCAAGAUGAUGUUGUAUAGUCAGUCAAAAAAGAAAAGUUCGUUCAACAUCCAAGUGUUUUUUUAGUGACGAUAGAAAGCCAUUUCAGUGAAGAACAGAAAAACACGAUGAGACAAACAACGGUGAGCUGAUGUUCUUUUUUUUUUUUCCGGUGUGUGUAUAGUUUGACAUGAUGUCUAUACCCAUAAUGUUUAUUUAGAACCAGUUUAUUAUUAUCUAUCGGAAACUUGUACACUCCCCAUUCUUUGAAAAACAUCCCAAUGAUUUCGAAAAGAUUGCUAUACUCCUAUUAUACCCCAGAUUUAGUUUUUUGUUCUCGUUUUAAUCAAACCAGAAAGCCCCCCAAACUUUUAAAUAUUUUUUUUCUUUCUGGAUAUUUAAAUGUUGCUAUCCCCCCCCGAAAUUGUUUUUAAAAGCCAAUUUUUGGGCCUCUCCCUCUUUUUUUUUCUAAAAAAGGAAACAGAUAGGAAAAAACAGAAAAGAAUUUUGUAUCGAGAUGUCAUUAAAAGUUAUCCCAUAUUUAAAAAUGAUGCCCCAAAAGGGGGGAAAAAAAAUACCAACAUUUUUUUUUCUCUCCCUGUCUUUUUUUUUUUUACAUAGUGCUCUGCUUUUUUCAAUGUGCUGAUCCACCUGUCUGUAACCGCCAGCGGCAGCUUUUUACUUCCCCAUUUUUUUUUUGCACCCUUUUCCUCUGAUUAUGCAAAGUCGUUAAUGAGUAAGGGUAUUUAAAAAAAAACAAAAAAACUAUGAUGUAAGCAGUAAAAGAAACCAGACCAGACGAAAUCAAAAAAGAAAAAAAAAAUAAUAAUUAAAAAAAAAUUGCGAAAUAGGAUUUUUUUUUUGGAAAGUCAUAGAGGCUGAUUGUUUUUUUACAAAUUUUUUGUUUGAAUUUAUUAAUGUAAUAUAUAUAUACUAUAUAUAUAGUACUUAAGUUUUUUUUUGCGUGUAUCCUUUUUUUACACGCAAUUUGACAUAAAAAAAAGGUAAAAUAAAAUAAAAUAUUUACUUAUCCACCACACGCCCCUAUCCCGGACGGUGUUUGUUUUUUAAGUUUACAUAUAGAGAUCGAGGAGUGUGUUGACGUUAUUUUUUGUUAUUUUUUUUUUCAUACUCCCCCUUCCUCGAAAUUAUUGCGCUUUUUAAUCCCACGGAAUUUUUUCUUGUUGCAAUCCAGAAAAAAAAGCGUUUUUUUUUCUAUGUGUGUAAUCAAUUGUAUAAAACUGAGAAGAAGAAAGAAAAAAAAAAGGAAACAAAAGAAAGAAAGCCAACGACAAAGAAGAAGGAAAAAAAAAAAAAAAGAAUAACGAAAUUGGGGUUAUCACCUUUUGUUUGUUUGUUACUUUACUUUCUUCUGUUUUCUUUUGAAAGGAAGGCUUUUAAAAGUAAAGAACAUGAGGACACAAUCUUCAAUUGUUUUAUUCGCAUUGUUAUUUCUCCCAUUCUCUCUUGACUUGUGUGUGUGUGUGUGUGUGCGUCGUGUCGUUUGCGGGCGUGUCAAGAGUUAACUCUCGUGUAUAGUCAAAACAAUGGCGGCUCUUUUUUUUUUCUUAAUAUCCAUACAUAUUUUGCUUUUUAUAAUUUGAUAUGAUAUGUAUAGAUAAACGCUAUAUAUCUAUCUUUAUCCAUCUGAAAAAGCAAAGCUCUUCAGCGCCCCCCCCCCUGUCUUUUGCUCGUUGUUUAUUCGUGAACGCUGUUUGUUUUUUUGUUUUUUAUAUUUUCACGAUUCCAACAAUAAGGUGACGACACACAAUUUUAGCAAUAGAAUUAUAUAGCGAACGCUACCAAACCAAAUCCAAUCCACCACCAGAUAACUGAUGUUCCAUGUCUUUUUGAUUUUUGCUUUUUUUUUUUUUUCGGUCGCCGUUGGCCAAUGUCACACGACAGUACGACACACACACACACAUCACACACACACGCACGCACGUAUAUAUGUAUAAAUAUUAGCGCUUCAAAUGUUACUAUACACGUCACACGAAUUUGAAAAGCAAUUGCUAAGAAUAAAUCAGUAAAAAUGUUUAAAAUAAAAAAAGAAGGAAGAAAAAUGAAUAAUUAAAAAAAAUAAUAAUAAUAAUAAUGUCCAAUAUGCCAACGCAAUCAAAAUCCGAAACACUCCUGGAAAAAAAAAAAUUAUUGAGCCGUUUUUAAAAUCAUCGGUGAUCAUAUGAAUAUAUAACAAAAAUCACAGCGACAUCUAAUACAGUUAACUUUUCCCCAAACGAAAAUCUAAUCGUAUUACCCAAACACACACACACACACACACACACAUGCAAUAACAAUUUACUAAUAUAACCCUUCGCAGUUUAUUUUAUUUUAUUUUUUUCUUUACAGGGUUUCGAUGAUUUUUAAGUCUUUUUCCUUUUUGUAAGCAAACAUGUAUACAUCUUUAUUCGCAUAUUCGUUUGAUUUUUUUUUUAUAAUUACGUUUACACAAAUAACUGUGUAUAGAUUCUCUUGACGUUUGCGUUUUUUUUUCAGUUAUCGUGAACAUUUUUUUCCCUUGUUUUUUAAAUCACCGUUUUCUUGUCGUUGAUUAUUUGAUGUUGUCCAACCAAAAAAAAAAAAACGAAACAAUAAUAAUUAAAAAAAAAAAAGAAACAAUAUGUUGUUCUUCUUUUAAUUAUCUUCAUCGUCUAUAUUUCACAUAUAAUUAGGCUUAACUUUUUCCUUCUUGUUCUUCCCCGAACCUUUUUUUUUUUAUUUUUAAAGAAAAAAAAGAAAAUGUUUUUGUUGCAUUGUUUGUGACUCGAUAUAAAUAUAUAUAUACUUGCUGCGCCCUCUCUAUUAUAUAUAUAUAUAUAUAUAUACAAACAACUACGCACACCAAAUGAUUGUAAAUAUACUCUAGUGACAGUAUUUACCAAUGCGGAUACACUUGAUUAUCUUUUUUUUUA